GUUCUAUUACGCCACUUCCGGCCCAUUUGGAAUCCCAGGAAGAAGAGUGCAGCGGCUCCCUAUGAAUGAAACUAUACCACUCAACAUCGUUGAUUUGACUUCAUGUGGGACAUUCCUUUUUGCAUCUACACAUCUAUAAGUUAAUAAAGAAUCUCAGGUUUACAUGUGACCGGAGCCUGGGAUCCCUGCUCGUGUGAAGCCUGAACCAUGUCAGUGUCCGUGAUCAUCAAGUGGGGCGGCCAGGAGUACUCCAUCAGCUCUCUGUCGGAGGAGGACACGAUCAAGGACCUGAAGCAGUCCAUCAAGACCUUGACAGGAGUGCUGCCCGAGAGACAGAAACUCCUGGGACUCAAAGUCAAAGGUAAACCAGCUGAGGACGAGGUGAAACUGGGCUCACUGAAGCUGAAGCCUAACACCAAGAUCAUGAUGAUGGGAACCAGGGAGGAGAGCCUGGAAGAUGUGCUGGCUCCGCCUCCUGAGAAUGAUGAUGUCAUCAAUGAUUUUGACAUCGAGGAGGAGGUCAUCGAAGUGGAGAACAGGGAGGAGAACCUGGCGAAAAUCGCCCGCAGAGUCAAAGACUAUAAGGUGGAGGAGCUCAACCCUCCCAGAGAAGGCAAGAGGCUUUUAGUGCUGGAUGUGGACUACACACUGUUCGAUCACAAGUCAUGUGCCGAGACAGGUUUGGAGUUGAUGCGGCCGUAUCUUCACGAGUUCCUGACGUCAGCCUACGAGGACUAUGACAUUGUGAUCUGGUCUGCCACAAGCAUGAAGUGGAUCGAUGCUAAAAUGAAGGAACUGGGAGUGACGGACAACCCCAACUACAAGAUAACGUUCAUGCUGGACAGUGCAGCCAUGAUCACCGUCCACACCCCGAAACGAGGGGUUGUCGAGGUCAAGCCCCUGGGUGUGAUAUGGGGGAAGUACGAGGAGUUUUACAGCAGGAAAAACACCAUCAUGUUCGACGACAUCGGCCGGAACUUCCUCAUGAACCCACAGAACGGACUGAAGAUCCGGCCCUUCAUGAAGGCGCACCUGAACAGAGAGAAGGACCGGGAACUGUACAAACUGGCUCAGUACCUGAAGGAGAUCGCCAAGCUUGAAGACUUCACUGGACUAAACCACAAACACUGGGAGAGGUUCCUCUCUAAACGACAGCAGCACCACUGAUAGGACUCACCCGCUCCGUCGUCCGGACGCUUGGAUCCAGCCGGGACUUCCUCACGUCUAAAAGUGAAAAACAAGGCCUUCGAUAUCAACAUUCAAGCAAAAACCUGAGGACUGCGAUCCUGUUUUCUACACGCCGUUACACGUCCCUUUGUGUUUGUUAGGAUUUUAUUUCAGCUUCUAGAACUGACAGAAGAAGUGCAGCGAGGUGAUCGGCUCAGGCUGACCAGGCUUCGAGUCAUGUUGGAAAUAUGGCAGCUUUGGUCGUCGUAGUUUCACACAUCCUAAAUAUGCAACACUCUCAGACGCUGGGACAUUGAUACCAAGCUGCUGCCCAACAAUCCCUCUGAAACCUAAAGACCGGCAGAUGAUUUUCAAUAUCAUAUCAAGUAUUUAUUUCAUCUGGUUUUGAUGAAAAAUAUCUGGAAACAUUUCCUGUCCUUUUCUAAGCAAUGGAAAGCUGAUGGUUUUGAUUUUAUGCCGAGCUCAUCAAUUCUGGAAACCUGUUUGUUGUCGACUGCCUGGCGACAUGCAUUUGUGUUUACAUCUUUUUAAAUUAUGGAUGAUGUAAGGGGAAGUGCGGGGGACCCCGAACGCACCACAGUAGUAAACCGGAGCACUCAUGAGGAUGUUGCCACUUCCUGUUUUCUGGUACCUCCAUUUCUCGUGUUAGCGUUUGUUCCCCUCAGAAUGUGGUUGUACAUAUGACAAUAAACCCUCUU